UACCGAGUUGUGAAAUCGAAAUGAAAUGGAGAGCGCGCGUCGCUCCGGAGGUCGCUCAGUAUUACUCUAGUCUCCAGCUCGUAAACAACCUAUGCUGACGUUGCGAUUCAUUUUCCCACUGAGGCACACCAUGACCAGCAUACAUUCAGCAUGUAUAAGCGAAGUACACGAAAUGCCGAUGUCAGCUCUGAUCAGGCCGUUGCAGCCGGUCAUAGAUGAAGUCAAACUGGAGUCACUGAUGAAGACGUUGUCCGACCCGAAGACGAGGGACCUGGUGCCACCCAUAGACGUGCUGUGGAUCGAGGGUCGAGAAGGCGGCGACUACUACUACAGCUUCGGCGGCUGCCAUCGAUACGCUGCCCACAAGAAGCUAAACCUGCCGACCAUCCAGGUUAAACUGGUCAAGUCGAAUCUGGCGGAUCUCAAGUGCUACCUGGGCUCCAGCACUCCAGACCUGAAAUGAGCUUUGUUCUCGAAGUUUUUGCAGUUUUUUUAUGUCAUGGUUGAAACGCAUCAUUUGCUUAUUAUAUUUAUUCAUAUCACAGCAACUACACUGACAUUACACGGUCAAUCAUUUUAUAUAUGCAGAAAUAUAUAUACAAACAAACACGAAAUAAGAAAUUAUCAAUGUUAUACAGUUGGUUAAUUAAUAAAAGAAUAUAAUGGUGUAUGUGGUGACAGUAUA